GCGCACGCCGGGGGGGCGUGGGCUCGAGGGCGGGGAGCAGCGCCAAGUUGGUGAAGGGAGACCCGGGGAAGGCCUAGGGUUUGCGGAAGAUACUUGUCUGCAAGGAACCUGUCCCACUGAUAGAACCAGAUGCCUUCUUCCACUUUACCAGACGAAGAGGAUGGCCUGGAGACCUGUGUUUUAAAGGUUUUUGAUCUGGAUUUAAAAGAAUCAAAUCUUGUUAAUCCCAGCAACAGUCUCAAAGCAGAAUUAGAUGGCAGUACAAAGAAGAAAUACUCGUUGGCAAAGAAAAAGGCCUUUGCCCUUCUUGUGAAAACCAAAGAAGUUCCAGCACCUUCUUAUGAAUUUAAGGAAAAACGGUGGCGAUGUUGUCAGCAGCUGUUUGCAGACCAGACCAGCAUCCACAGACAUGUGGCCACCCAGCAUGCUGAAGACGUGUCCCAGCAGACUGCUUCUGCUCUGAAGCAGCUGACUGCAGCAUGGAGUGCCUCACAGGUCCUCACGCCCACGGACAAACGGAGCUCACCCAGAGACUGUCUCCCUCCUACUCAGGAAGUGUCUGCUUGGCUCCCUGAUGUGAGCCAUGUUAGCCCUCAGGAGCUGAGAGGUGGCCAGGGUGACGAGGAAGGAGAGGUGCUCCUGUACUACUGCUACUGUGACUUGGAGGACCCCCAUUGGGUCUGUGCCUGGCAGACAGCUCUGUGCCAUCACCUGCAUCUUACAGGCAAGAUUCGGAUCGCUGCUGAGGGAAUCAAUGGGACUGUCGGCGGAAGCAAAGUGGCCACCAGGCUCUACGUGGAAGUCAUGCUUUCCUGCCCAUUAUUUAAGGAUUACCUGAGCCAGGAUGAGUUUAAGAGCAGCAGAGGAGGGUCUCACUGCUUCCCGGAAUUGCGAGUCGGUGUGUUUGAAGAGAUCGUGCCUAUGGGGGUCAGCCCCAGUCAGGUCUCCUACAAGAACCCCGGAAUCCAUUUAUCCCCCGGUGAAUUUCAUAAAGAAAUAGAAAAGCUUUUAUCACAGUCAAGUCAGGAACAAGGUGAUACUAUCAUACUGGACUGCAGGAACUUCUAUGAAAGCAAAAUUGGACGAUUCCAGGGCUGCUUAGCACCAGACAUCAGGAAAUUCAGUUACUUCCCUAGCUACGUUGACAAAAACCUUGACAUUUUCAGGCAGAAGAGGGUGCUGAUGUACUGUACUGGGGGCAUUCGCUGUGAACGAGGUUCUGCGUACCUCAGAGCCAAGGGAGUGUGUAAGGAAGUGUUUCAGCUCAAGGGUGGCAUCCACAAGUACUUGGAAGAGUUCCCUGACGGCUUUUACAAAGGGAAGCUGUUUGUUUUUGAUGAGCGGUUUGCCCUGGCCUACAACAGUUCUGUGGUAUCAGAAUGUUCAUACUGCGGAGCCCCGUGGGACCGAUACAAACUCUGCUCUACUCCCCAAUGCCGCCAGCUUGUGUUGACCUGUUCUGCCUGUCAAGGACAAGGAUUCACAGCCUGUUGUGUCACAUGUCAAAACAAAGUGGGCAAGCAGGCUUCAGGCCCCUCCCAGGACAGUUUUAAAGAAGAAUGUGAGUGUACUGCCCGGAGGCCACGCAUCCCUCAGGAACAGCAGGCAUAGUUAUGAGUCCAGUCCCUGUGAGCCUGGACCUGGGCUUGGUGCUCAGCAUUCACUGACACAUGCAGACUUGAGUUGCCAUGUGCAGCUUGUGACGGUACAGAGACAAAUGGGGAGCGUUCAUGUUGGUCACUGCCAGCACAGCAGAUGGCCACAGGCAAAGGGGACAGGGAAUUGGUGUCUGCUGCCUGAUUUGUGUUUGAUCCAGAGGAUGCUACAGCCUGGAACAAAGGCAAACCCUGUGGGAUCCCUAUGAUGAUGAGGGAUUGACUUGCAGGGUGGUAGGCAUUGCUUGUCAGCAAACCUUUUUACCCUGGCAGCAAAAUUAUAAAAGCUGGGCUCUGGGUGUGGACUCUUAAGCCAGGCCAGCUUUUCCCUAACUGCCUGAAGGCUCUGUGGCUCUGAUCACCUUGUGCCUUGAAGCAUUUACUGAAUUUGCAAACCCAUUUUUCUAUAUGUGAUCAUGGCACUACUGAGUAGUUGGCCAGAGGCCAUGCAGCUUCAGAAUCUAAAGUAUGCUCUGUCCCUUUACAGAAGUCCUUUGAAAGAGGUGGCCUGUGCUUUUGUUGAUGUGAUUUCUUUAAAGAUGUUCCCCUAGCAGCUCUGGGAUCCAGAUGAGCAGCAGGCUUAGGUCAGCAUCUGGCACACCAGGCCCUUGGUUGGUAAGCUCAUUCAGCAUGGUGACUGCCUGGCCUCCUGGCCUCUGGGUACAUGUUCUUAUCCCACGAUGCUUAAGG